AUGGGGGUGAAUUCUUUCAGUUGUAUAUGUCCUGUUGGCUUCACAGGGACAUUAUGUGAAACAAACAUAAAUGAUUGUCAUGGCAACCUAUGUCAAAACAAUGGCACCUGUCGUGAUGCAAUUAAUGACUACCACUGCACUUGUCCUUUGGGGUUUGCUGGUAAAAACUGUGAAAUUGAUAUAGAUGACUGUAAAAACACGCCCUGUCGACAUGGAGGGACAUGUAUUGACCAGGUGAAUGGAUUCCAGUGUAUGUGUGCCAAGGGUUAUACUGGUACUAAAUGUGAAAUCAACAUCAAUGAAUGCAGUAGUAUUCCAUGUAGGAAUGGUGGAGUGUGCGCUGAUGGUGUCGAUGAUUACAAGUGUGUCUGUCAGGCAGGGUACUCUGGUUUGAACUGUGAAAUUAACAUUGAUGAAUGUGCGUCAUCACCUUGUAAGAAUGGAGGUACUUGUAAAGACCUCAUCAAUGAUUACCAGUGUAGCUGUCUGCCAGGAUACAAUGGAGAGAACUGCCAGAUAAACAUCAAUGAUUGCCUGGCCUCACCAUGUGCUAAUGGUAGUACCUGUCUUGAUUUGGUCAAUGACCACCACUGCGUCUGCCAGCCAGGGUUCACGGGAAGGAACUGCAGUGAAAACAUUGAUGAUUGCCUGUCUAACAAAUGCAAAAACAAUGCGGCUUGUAUUGAUGGUAUUGAUUCUUACAAGUGCAUUUGUGUAAUGGGAUAUAGAGGAAGAUACUGUGAAGUGAACAUAAAUGACUGCACACCUGUGAAUCCUUGUGAGAAUAAGGGUGUCUGUCUCGACGGAGUCAACGAUUACCACUGUGUCUGUCCCACAGGGUUGACAGGUAAAAAUUGUUCCAUUAAUAUCGAUGACUGUCAGACCGCACCCUGUCGACACGGGUCUACAUGUACAGAUCUUAUCAAUGAUUACCAAUGUAGCUGUCCUAGAGGAUACACAGGCAAGGACUGUAAUAUUGAUAUCAAUGAGUGCUCAAGUAACCCUUGUAGUAAUGGCAGUACUUGUGUCAGCCUUGUGGAUGGGUACGUAUGUCAUUGUGUUGAUGGGUACAAUGGGUCUCAAUGUGAGCAUGAUAUUGAUGACUGCAAGAACAAUCCAUGCCAUGGGGGUCAGUGUGUGGACUUGGUCAACAAUUAUAAAUGCAGUUGUCAUCAAGGAAGACUUGGAAGGACAUGCUCAAACACUAACGACACCUGCAUGGCCUUCCAGUGUCGCAAUGGUGGAACUUGUCUGUCUCAGAAUGUCACUCAUUACUCAUGUGUCUGUCUGGCUGGAUACACAGGUGUUGACUGUGAGGUUAACAUCAAUGACUGUCUGUCACACCAGUGUCAGAAUAACGCUACUUGUUUAGAUGGUAUUGGAAAUUACUCCUGUGUUUGUCCAAGAGGAUUUACGGGAACCCUGUGUCAUAUUAAUGUAGACGAGUGUAGCAGGCGGCCUUGUAAAAAUGGUGCCACUUGCAUCGACCUUGUUAAUGACUUCCGGUGCGAUUGCGCCCCAGGUUACCAAGGCCGCACAUGCGCAGUGGAUAUAAAUGAUUGUGCCUCGUUUCCUUGUCGAAAUGACGGCUUCUGUACUGACAUGGUCAAUGGCUUCCGAUGUUCUUGUAAAGCCGGUUUUACCGGUAAAUACUGUGAGGUGAAUUAUGACGAAUGUGUCUCGUCACCAUGCCAGAACGGUGGUCUCUGUAUGGACAAGGUGAACAGCUACGAGUGCUUGUGUCACCCUGGUUACGGGGGAUCCAGCUGUGAAAUCAACAUCGACGACUGCGCCGGCAAACCAUGCAUGAAUUCAGGCAACUGCACGGAUGACAUCGAUGCCUUCUCUUGCUCGUGCGCAGUGGGCUAUACCGGACGCAAGUGUGAAAUCAACGUCGACGAUUGUGUUGGCUCUCCCUGCAGACACGGAGGGACUUGCCAGGACUUGGUCAAUGGUUAUCGCUGCGUCUGUCCCCAGGGGUACACGGGAAGGAAUUGUAGCAUCAACAUCGAUGAAUGUGCAAGUCAACCUUGUGUGAAUGGGUCGUGCGUGGACCGUGUGGGUAGAUAUGAGUGUGUUUGUAAACCAGGUUUUACAGGUCUCAAAUGUGAGUUAAAUAUCAACGACUGUGCCUCUUAUCCUUGCGGCAACCAUGGCACGUGCUUGGACAUGGUCGACGACUUCGAGUGUUACUGCGCAGCGGGUUUCGAAGGUCAGACAUGCGCAGUAAACAUAGAUGACUGCGUGUCACAACCGUGCCUUCAUAAUGGAAGCCGCUGCAUUGACCAGGUUGAUGGGUAUAUGUGCUUAUGUGCACUGGGCUAUACUGGUACUAAUUGCACGGUGAAUAUCGAUGAGUGUGCGAGUUCUCCGUGUUUGAAUCACGCAACUUGCGUAGAUGUUAUCAACGGAGUGCAGUGUAUUUGUCCUCCAGGAUUCAAAGGUUCUUCUUGUGAGACAAAUAUCAACGAGUGUUCAUCAUCCCCGUGUACUAAUGGCGCUACUUGUCAAGACCUUGUCAAUGAUUUCCACUGUCACUGUUACCCUGGUUACACAGGCAAGUCAUGUAACAUGUCAAUAGACUUGUGCCAAACGGAACCUUGCCUUAAUAAUGGUACAUGUGCAUUGGAUCUUCACAUGGGAUACAUCUGUUCGUGCGCGCAAGGGCUCACGGGGAGAAAUUGUGACGUCAUCAUCGACAGAUGUCAAAACCAUACCUGUGAGAACAAUUCCACGUGUCUAGACACGCCCUCUGGGGUCCAGUGUCUUUGCUGCCAGGGUUUUACUGGAGAUCGCUGCCAGAUUAACGUCAACGAUUGUGAUGGGGUCACUUGUGAGCACGGCGGGACUUGUGUGGACCUCGUCCAUGGUUAUAGAUGUAAUUGCCUCCCGGGUUACUAUGGCAACGGAUGUCAAAUGAUUGACAGGUGCCAUUCUUCACCCUGCUUGAACGGGGGCAAGUGCAUUGAUGAUGGAGAGGCGUCUUACUGUAAAUGCUCAACUGGAUUCUUUGGUGUUCGCUGUGAAAAAGAGUUCAAUCACUGCGUCGUGCGAGUUGCUAAUACCAACACGACAUUUCCUUCUAACAUAUGCGGUCAAUAUGGGUCUUGCUCCAGUAGACCCACGGGCUUCCUGUGUAUUUGUCAUCCGGGAUACACUGGUCUUCUCUGUCAGACAGAAAUCAACGAGUGUGAUUCAAACCCUUGCCCGGCCAAUACAACGUGUGUCGAUGGAGAGACCUCUUUUACCUGUCAUCUUAUUAAUCAAUCAUUGGGGACUCCAAUCAUUGAUUCCUUCAAAAGUAAAAACAUAGGUGACGAUAACAAGGAGUAUAUAGUUCCUGUAGUGGUUGUAUUAGCUUGCCUGUUGAUCAUUCUUGUGGUAGUGGUAGUAGCUGUCGUAAGGAGUAAGAUGCAACACGGUGGUUUUAAGGGUAGAAUGAAGCUAACAACAAAUCAUGCUGAAACGCUAUCCAAUCCGUAUCCUGAGGAAAGGACAUUUGAAAACCCCAUUUAUCAGCCAAGCCACGAAGUAAUCGCGUCGAAUCUUCGUAUCGAAAUGGACGCCCUUGAAGCCAUAGGCUACCAAAUAGACCAAGACCUACACGACCUUGCAACGAUGAAGAACAACAGCAACGCUACUUCCGGUCCCAUAAGACGUACUUCCUCUGCGCCAGACCUCCUGGACGUUAACAUGAAUGCAACGUUCGUUGACCUGGAUGCUAGUAGUCUAUGCACGGUAGACGAUCUAUCACAUGAUACACCGCAAGCAACACGUUACUCGGAGUUUCAACACAGUAGUGGCCUGCAUGAUAGCUCGUGUAGCUCCGGCGAUUGGUUGGAUACUCGCUUGUAAUUGUAUGGAUAUUUCAUAUUUGAGUCUUGCAAAUGUU